GUUGCGCAGUCGCAGUGGAGCAGCGUUCUUUUCGAGCUCCAUGGUAACGACGUUCGGGGCCAAGUACCAGUAGGAGGCACCGUUGGGAUGGAGGGCGGAGCCCGGGUCCUGUUGAGGAGGGCCCGGGGAAGGGGCCUUGCUCGUAGCUGCGGCACCCGGUGCUUUCCAUCCCUUUCACUCCUCCUCUUGCUGUUAGUGCACUUCCAGACGUCCCUUCCAAUUCGAUAUAUCUAUCCUGCCCGGUACUUAAGACAGAUCCUUGAGGAUGAAGACACAGUGAAAUUGGUAGGAUCAACAAACAUUCCAGUCAAAAUUUAUGUCAUGUUGCAUCAGAACAGUCCUCAUAUACCAUGUAUAACCAAAAAGCUGCGCGAUGUAGAGUUGGUAGACCCAGUAUUCCUCUGGCAUACACCAAUUGGUAGUGCUAUUCCAGAAAACUCUGUAAAAGUAACAACAACAGGAAGCCUUAUAUUGUAUAACUUCAGUGAAGAGAUGAGUGGAGUUUAUACUUGUUCCCUUUCAUAUAAACAUACAGCAGAAGAGGCGCAAAAAAUUAUCCAAGUAAAAUAUGUUGUAUACGCUUUUAUAAAUCCUCAUUUUUACUACCAGUUCUCAGCUCGAUACCAUUUUGUAUCCUGCAAUAGUACCUAUAAUAUCUCAUUUGAGAAGAAGUUGCUUCAUAUUUUGAGAACACUACUUGCUGAUCUUUCCUGUGACGUAUCAUCAGUGAAGACUGAAUGUCAUCUUAUUAAGAUGCAGGAAUCUGGUUUACAAAAUGAAUUGUUCUUCACCUUUUCAGUUGUCCCUAUAGAAAAUGUGACAACAAGACCUGAUGCAUGCACAAGUUCUUCUUGUAAUCCUGUUGAAAGACUGGAUAAGGCUAAAGACCUUAUAGAGAAAUUUUUUGUCCAACAAGCAAGAGUUCUGAGAAAACAUUUUCAGAUACUUCCUGAGAUAUACUAUAUUGAAGGUACUCUGCAAACGGUGUGGAUUCGUCAUUGCAGUCCAGGAUAUGGGAUGAAUGCUUUGUUACAUCCAAAUUGCCCUGAAUGUUGUGUGAUCUGCAAACCUGGAACUUAUAACCCCCAUAAUGGAACUCAGUGCCUUCAGUGCAACAGCAGCAUGGUGUAUGGAGCAAAGAAAUGCUAAAGUACCAUUAUUUUAUGCUUCUUGACAAUUUAAUAAAUUUAACAAGUUAAAAUAUUUUCAUCGUUUUGCAUAAGUAAAAAUACAUUUAUUUAAAUAAAGAAUGAUGAGUCAUCUUUUUAAUCAGGUAUUACAAUGUGGAAAUACCUUGCCUAGAUUGAAAAGACUGGAUCCCAAAGUUGCUAAUUUAUUAAUAUCAUUUCUUUAUCUAGACUUAAAUUAUAAAAUGUAUCUAUACCAUUUCCUGCAUCACUGUACUUCAGAAAUUUGCUAGAAUAUCCUAUAUUUUCUAUGUGUCCUAUACAUGGAAGUAGGCCAAAAGAAUUUUAAAAGUCUUGCUGCAAAGAUAUUGUAGAAUAAAUAAUGAAUUUGAAUUAAGAGAAUCUGAAUUCCUAGCACUACCACCAUUGCUAAUCCUCACACUACCACUUACUAGCUGUGUGAACUUUGGACAAAUUACUGCAGUUUCUGGACUUGGUCCCUUUAUGUGUGAAAUGAAGGGGUUAAAUUGGAUGAGCUCGUCUCUUCCAGCUUUAGUUCCAGAACUUUGAUAAAUCAGAUCUCUGUUUGCAGUUACUCUACCAGGCAGUCCUAAGUUUUUUCCUUUUUCAUGUAGAUCCUUUUUGCAGAUUUUUUCGUUGUUUCAAAGGGAAUCCAAGUAGUUAUUUAUAUUAAUCUGACCCUACAUAGGAGGGAACCAUAUGCACUGUACCUAGUGGAUUUUACUAGGGACAAUUCUGGUAUGUGUUUUCAUUGCAGGCCUUAAUGUACCAAAUGUAGUGUGGCAGUGAUUUUAAUGUACCUUUGUGUUUAGCAUCCUUUAAAUGGCCUUAUUAGUAGAGUGGAAGAGCAUGUUCCCAUUUUGACAAUGUAGAAUGAACUCAAGACUUUUAAUUUCAUUUCUAUCUCUAAUAGUUGUCUUUUUUUGGAAAAAAAAAUCAUUUAACUUCCUUGUUUCAUUCCCUCCAUUGUUAAAAUAAUGACCAAUUUCACAGAGUUGGUAUAUGUAGUCAUUUAUGUAUGCUAAAAUGUUAAAUUUUCUAUAUAAAUACUCUGAAAAAUAAAUUUACAGCUUAAGAAACCAUUAAUCCCCAAAAUUUUUUGUGUUCAGCAUAAUAUGUAUUGAUUCAUGUCUGCAUUUACCAAUUCUACUCUUUGUUCUGUUAGUUAUUCCCUCUUCCUCUAUCUCCAGCUUCUUUUCCUCAUAUUACUAGACAUAAACCACAAGCAUCUGUCUUAACAAAUAAAGAAAAAUUGCAUCUGAACCAGUAAUAAAAUUUGUUUAAAAAUAAAAAUUCAAUUAAAUGAA